GGACAUCCUGGCCUGCGCCAGCAUCGACCGCAUGCCGCACUUCUCCGGCCCCCAGCUCUGCUCGCUCGUUUGGGCAGCGGCGCGGCUGAAGCGCGGGCAGCAGCCCAGCGGCAUGUUCCGAGCCUUCCUGAAGUCCUGGGCAGCCCACUUGGAGCCGUUCCUUGACGGUGCACCCUCCUCCGUCUCCUCCUCCUCCACCUCCGCCUCGCCAGCAGCCUUGGACCCCGCACCCUCUCCCACUGGCCCCGAGCCCGCUCCCCUCUCAGACCUCCCGGACCCUGAGGCUACCGCUCCCCCUCUCCCCCAAGAGCCGCUGGACCUAGACCAGCUGCGUAAGGCCCUCUCCGCCCUCACCCGCCUCGCCUUCCGCCCCGGACCCUCCCUGC